GAUCCUGGAGGAGCAUUCUUUAAUUUCACCCUUAUUUUCAUCGGUUUUUCGUCAUCUCUGCUGGGAAGAUGGCAGGACACACAGCGUCGAUAAACGGCCACAGACCCCCGCUGACGUCAUGCCCAAGAAAGGGAACCGAAAACGGCUGAAAUUUAGAGCCGAUGAUGUUUGUUCGGAGUCAGUUACUGUGGCUGACUAUGCCAACGCAGAUCCCGCCAUUGUGAAGUCGGGAAGAGUUAAAAAGGCUGUCGUUAAUGCAAUUGAAAAAGAAGUGAAAUUACUCUGUGGACUCGAGGCAUCCCACGGUCCUGUGCAGGAGGUGCUUUCCUCUGCAGUUGGUGUGCAUAAUGCAGCCCAUAGUGAGAGCAGUGAUGAACUAGACACAGAAGAAGGUGAUGAAAUCAAAGCAUCCCACAAAAAGAAAAACAAGAGGCGUAAAGAAAAUAGUGAGAGCACCGAUGGAGAGGAGUAUCCUGUUGAUAUUUGGCUUGUGCUUGCUGCAUAUAUUCGCCCCGAUGACGUUUGCAGAUUUUCUUUGAUCUGCAAGAAUGCUUGGACCGCCACGUGCACCGCUGCAUUUUGGACACGACUCUACAAAAGGCACUAUAAUCUUGAUGCAGACCUCCCUGAGCGCCUUCAACCCGAUUCAAUUGCAAAGAUGCGUUGUCUUCGUGCCCGUGUGAUUCGCUCGCUUUUUCAUCUAUAUGAGCCUUUUAACUUGCGUGUGACCAAAAGUCCUCCUCUGCCUGAAUCUACACCAACUACGCUACUGAAUUCCAAGUGUUUGCUGUUUUGGGUCAACAAAAUCUGUGGAAGUAGAUCAGAGCCAAUGUGGGAAUUCAACUUCAAGUUUGUUAAGCUGUCAACCAAGGGCAAAAAUAGACGUGACCUGGGUCUUCAGCUGCCAAAGAAGUAUAUAGACGUUCACACUAAUCCAGACUCCGACUGUUAUCUGCUGCGGGUCACAACCCUCAAUUUCAUAUUCACUUCUGUUGUUAUGGGCAUGACAUUAACAUUGUUCACCAUUAAUGUGAGUACAGACAUGAGGCACCACCGAGUGCGACUGGAGUUCCAGGAUUCUCCGGUCAUUCGAGGGAAGAAGCUGAGGGGAGAACAGGGGGUGCAGGUAGUGCUGGACCCUGUCCACAGCGUGCGCCUCAUGGACUGGUGGCACCCUCAGUACCCUACAUCUUCAUAUAAUUAAACCUAUUAGCGCUGUCAUUAACCAUGUCAGUCACAUAAACUUUGCAUAUGACAAAUCAGGCCUGUUUCAACCAAUCAUAUAGUCCUGCGUUGGCUUUAUUCCUUUUGGCUUUUAUUUAUUUCCCUCUUCCUUUUAAUUUUGCACUUAGUGCACUGGUUGUAUUUAUACUUUAGUUUUGAUGUGGAGACCUAGCAAGACAUGUAGGUAUAAAUUGACCUCAGUAGACUUAAAGUAGAUAUAUUUAAUUUUAGGCAUACAAAACAUGGGAUAGAAGGACAGUCCAAUUUGCCAGUAACCACUGUAAUACUAAAGGCUUGACCAGGGGUUCUUAAACUUUCUUGAACCAUGACCCAAAUAAGAAAUUGUGUGUACCUUGGUCCCACACUUACAAAACCAUGUAAUACACACUGUUUGCUAUAUCCAUUUGUGUAUAAAAAAAAUAAAAAAUCUAUGACUAAAACCAGGUUGUGUCUAGAAGGGAACUGCCCAGCUGGGGAAAGUCACGUGAGUGUUGCAUGCAACAUUCAUACAUUGUGUUUAUUGUUUUGAAGUCCUGCAGAAACCGUACACCAAAACCUAACCAAGUGACAUAAAAUGAGACACUCAUGACACUUUGCCAGCCAGACGGUUACCUUCUAGACAUGACCCUAAAACUAUUGUGAUAUGCUACUGUUCAAAUAUUUGGAAUCAUGAAGACAAUUUUGUUAUUGAAAGAAACUGAUGCUUCUGUGUACCAAGGAUGCUUUUAGUAUUUUUGUAAUAUAUUAGUUUUAAAUUACUGUUAUUACUGUUAUUAUUUUAAAGAGGCCCUAUUAUGCUUUUUGGGAUUUUACCUUUUCUUUUAGUGUGUAAUAUAGCUGUUUGUGCAUUUAAAAGUCUGCAAAGUUACAAAGCACAAAGUCCACGCCAAAGGGAGUUACUCUCUCCCACAGAAAACACUGCUCCUGAACUGCCUGGUUUGCAGUCCAGCUAUUACUUCCAUUACUUAGCUGUGUCACUAUGUAACACAUUUGCAUAAUACCCACAUAAGGGCUACUUUAAGCUGAAACUCAGUUAUGAUAAGGGGCGUUACAUUUCCGACACACGCUCUUAAGCAGUUGAACAAUCACAACAGACUGGGCAAACUGACCAAUCAGAGCAGAAUGGGCUUUUCGGAAAAGGGCCAAGGCAGGAGCUAAAAUUUAGCAUUUCAGACAGAGGCUGAAAAGAGGUGCUGCAGCAAUGUACAUUUUGAGAACUUGUUUUUUUUUUUUUUUUUUACAUUAAAGCAUGUUAAUCUAUUCUAGUAUACCUCCAAUAUAAAAUUAUGAACCUGUAAAUGAGCAUAAUAUGGGCUCUUUAAAAUCGAAUUUUUACACAUGUUAUCAAUGCCCUAUUUUUAACAGUCAUUACUGCAGUUUACUACAUUUAAAAAAAACUCGGCACCCUAAAGCUUACAAAAUAUUCUAAUGUGAUAACUUGAUACUUAAAGAAAUAGUUAACCCUAAAAUGAAAAUUCUCAUCAUUUACCCUCAUGCCAUCCCAGAUGUGGAUGACACUUUCUUCUGCUGAACACAAACUACGGUUUUUAGAAGAAUGUCUCCGCUCUACUGGUCCUCACAAUGCAAGUGAAUGGUGAACAGAACUCCAAAUAGUGUGUCCAAAAAGCAACAUAAAAGUAAUCAAUACAACUUCAGUGGUUAAGUCCAUUGUCUUCAGAAGCGAUAUAGGUAUGGGUGAGAAACAGAUGAAUAUUUAAGUCCUUUUUUACUGUAAAUCUCCACCUUUGACCAGCCUUGACUAGUAGGUGGCUGAAUGUGAGUGUAGAUUUACAAUAAAAAAGGACUUUCAUAUUGAUCUGUUUUUCACCCACACCCCAUCAUAUUGCUUCAGAAGGCAUGAAGUUAAUCACUGGAGUUGUAUGGUUUACUUUUAUGCUGCCUUUAUGUCCUUUUUGGAUCUAAGUUCUGGUAGCCAUUCUCUUGCAUUCUAUAGACCUACAGAGCUGAAAUAUUCUUCUAAAAAUCUUUGUGUUCCAUAGAAAAAAAAUUAAUACACAUCUGGGAUGGCAGGAGGGUGAGUAAAAGAUGAGAAUUUUCAUCUUUGGGUGUUUUUUUUAUUUAUUUUUUCAAAUAUUUGAUCACCAGGUACUUGCAGUGUGUGGACCAAUAGAGCAGAGGAAAAAUAUUUUGGUUCUGCAAAAUAAAGUCACAUCUGGGAUGGCAAUAGAGUAAAUGAUGAUAAAAUGUUAAUUUUGGGGUGAAAUUCCUUUACGAAACUUCUCAUCAUUAGAACAGUUUAAAACGGUUUUGCUAAUUAAUGUUAAAAAGUUUGGUCAUUACAAUAUCUUUUUCAGUUGAAGUAUUGCCUAUACUUUCUUUUCUUGCAAGUCACUAUGCAAACUGUCAAAUCUUGGUUUUAGAAUGUCCAAAAAGAAACACAAUGUCUAUUUUUUUUGAGAAAUGUAGGCUAUACAAUACACAACUGACUUGAAUGAAUUAAACUUUAUCAAUCCAGGAUAAAAGAGUGAUGUAGAUGAACUAAAUGCACAACAACAAAUGGAGAAGUCCAGCAAAGUGUCAUAACUGACUCGCAGUAAACUGGCAGCUUCAUUGAGAGUAGCCUAUAACAAACACCCGUUUUGACUGCAACAGUGAGGUAAAGACUCUGGGAUGCUGGCCGUAUUGGCAGUCUUUCUUAAAAGAAAAAAACGAUGUAUUUGACGCUGGAAAAUAAGAAGAAAAUUGUUGAAUGGGCGAAAUAACUGAAAGAUUGGGUGAUACAUGUUUAAACAUGAUAAUUAUGGAUAAGGCCAAUUUUGACGUGUUGAGCUAUUAGAAAAUUUGAUAUGGUGCCUGAAAAUUGCCCUGCAAAGCAGCUACAUCUUUGGAAAGGGCUACAUAGCAUGAAUGUCUUGAUAAACUGCUUCAAAGACUGAAAGAAUGACUAAGGUGUCAUUGCUCUUAAGUGGAGCGGGAUGAACGAAGUUUGAAGAAUACAGCAUUUAUUUCAACAGAAAUGGUCAUUUGUAACAUAAAUAACUUUACUACUGUAGUUUUUGAUCGGUUUAAAGCAUCCUUAUUAAA